CGAAGCUUCAGAGAGAGAGUGAGAGACUCUUCACGAACCCUCCACACUACUCCGUCGUCCCUCGCUCAGAAUCACGCCCCUAACGAAUGAACCCUUUCCCCCAUUAGCACGCAAUUGGUUCCCAUUCUUCAUCUCAUUCGCGAAUUUCGCAUUCUUUUCUAUCAAAGUACAAUGGCGGCCGCGGGUACCGCGUCUUUCGCCGGGGUCAGUUUGUGCCGCCGUCCGAUGACUUCUCUCCGUAUCCACUCCGCUUCCUCCACUCCCAACUCCCUCCGCUUUCGCCCUACAAUUCGUACUUCCUUCAACCCUCCUUCCCGUCUCAAGACAACCGGCGGCUUUGCCCACAGGAUUCCACCCGCAAAGUCCUUCGUUGUUCGAUGUGAUGCUUCCAGCAGCGGAAGGAUUACUCAGCAGGAGUUCACUGAUAUGGCGUGGCAAGCGAUUGUGUCGUGCCCCGACGUCGCCAAAGAGAACAAGCAUCAAAUUGUUGAGACCGAGCAUUUGAUGAAAUCACUCCUCGAGCAGAAGAAUGGUCUUGCUCGCAGGAUCUUCUCCAAGGUCGGCGUUGACAACACUCGCCUCCUCGAAGCCACUGAUAAGUUCAUCCAACGCCAGCCCAAGGUUCUUGGUGAGUCGGCUGGUUCAAUGUUGGGUCGUGAUUUGGAAGGAUUGAUUCAGCGGGCAAGGGAAUACAAGAAAGAGUAUGGGGAUUCUUUUAUCUCGGUUGAGCAUUUGGUUCUUGCUUUUGCUCAGGACCAAAGAUUUGGCCGACAAUUGUUUAAGGAUUUUCAAAUCUCUCUUGCCCCUUUGAAAUCUGCAGUAGAGUCUAUCAGGGGACGCCAGUCUGUAAUUGAUCAAGAUCCCGAAGGGAAGUAUGAAGCACUGGACAAAUAUGGGAAAGACUUGACUGCCAUGGCAAGAGCAGGGAAAUUGGACCCUGUUAUUGGAAGGGAUGAUGAGAUACGUAGGUGUAUUCAAAUUCUUUCUAGGAGGACUAAGAACAACCCUGUGUUGAUUGGUGAACCUGGUGUGGGCAAAACUGCAAUUUCUGAAGGGCUUGCACAGAGGAUUGUCCAAGGGGAUGUACCACAAGCUUUAAUGAACCGCAAGCUGAUAUCCCUUGACAUGGGUGCACUAAUUGCUGGAGCUAAAUACAGAGGAGAAUUUGAGGAUAGAUUAAAAGCCGUACUGAAGGAAGUUACAGAUUCGGAUGGCCAGAUUGUCCUUUUCAUUGAUGAGAUACACACUGUGGUUGGUGCAGGGGCUACAAAUGGUGCGAUGGAUGCGGGAAAUCUUUUGAAGCCAAUGCUUGGACGUGGGGAGUUGCGCUGUAUUGGUGCUACAACUUUGGACGAGUAUCGUAAGUAUAUUGAGAAGGAUCCUGCUCUGGAGCGACGUUUUCAGCAAGUUUAUGUCGACCAACCAACAGUGGAGAACACAAUUUCGAUCUUGAGAGGAUUGCGUGAAAGGUAUGAACUACAUCAUGGAGUUCGUAUCUCCGAUGGUGCACUAGUGGAAGCUGCAAUCCUUUCUGACCGCUAUAUCAGUGGGAGGUUCUUGCCUGACAAAGCCAUUGAUCUAGUUGACGAAGCAGCUGCAAAACUGAAGAUGGAAAUUACUUCAAAACCCACCGCUCUCGAUGAAAUCAACCGGACAGUGUUGAAACUGGAAAUGGAGAGGCUGUCUCUCACUAACGAUACAGAUAAAGCGUCAAAAGAUAGGUUGAGUCGCCUCGAGGGUGAAUUGUCGCUGUUGAAGAAGAAACAAGCUGAGCUAACUGAGCAAUGGGAGCAUGAGAAAUCAGUCAUGACUCGUAUGCAGUCAAUUAAGGAAGAGAUAGACAGGGUGAACUUGGAAAUUCAACAAGCUGAACGAGAAUAUGACCUCAAUCGUGCUGCUGAACUCAAGUAUGGGAGCUUGAACUCCUUGCAACGCCAACUUGAAACUGCGGAAGUAGAGUUGGAUGAGUACAUGAAAUCAGGGAAGUCCAUGUUAAGAGAAGAAGUAACAGGGGACGACAUUGCUGAAAUAGUGAGCAGGUGGACCGGCAUUCCUGUCUUGAAGCUCAAGCAAUCUGAGAGAGAAAAACUCCUCCAUUUAGAGGAAGAAUUACACAAACGGGUAAUUGGUCAGGAUCCUGCUGUCACUGCCGUAGCUGAGGCGAUUCAGCGGUCUCGUGCUGGGCUCUCAGAUCCCCGUAGGCCCAUUGCUAGUUUCAUGUUUAUGGGACCCACCGGUGUUGGGAAGACGGAACUAGCCAAAGCUCUUGCAUCAUACUUGUUCAACACAGAGGAAUCGUUAGUACGAAUCGACAUGAGUGAGUACAUGGAGAAGCAUGCAGUCUCACGACUGAUAGGUGCUCCACCUGGCUAUGUAGGGUAUGAGGAAGGUGGCCAGUUGACGGAGAUAGUUCGCAGGAGGCCUUAUGCGGUUAUUUUGUUCGAUGAGAUAGAGAAGGCUCAUGCUGAUGUGUUCAAUGUCUUCCUUCAGAUUUUAGAUGACGGGAGGGUGACUGAUUCACAAGGUCGGACAGUUAGUUUCACCAACACAGUUAUUAUAAUGACCUCGAAUGUGGGCUCGCAGUAUAUUCUCGAUACAGAUGAUGAGCUACCGAAGGAGGUUGCAUACGAGACUAUCAAGCGGAGGGUUAUGGACGCUGCAAGAUCAGUGUUUCGGCCUGAGUUCAUGAACAGGGUUGAUGAGUACAUAGUUUUCCAGCCUUUGGAUCGCGACCAGAUAAACAAGAUUGUCAGAUUACAGUUGGCACGCGUGCAGCAGAGAAUUGCAGAUAGGAAGAUGAAACUACAGGUGACAGAAGCAGCAGUGGAGCUUCUGGGUAGCCUUGGAUAUGACCCAAGCUAUGGUGCUAGGCCAGUGAAGCGAGUUAUCCAGCAGAAUGUCGAGAACGAAGUGGCCAAGGGUAUCCUGAGGGGAGAGUUCAAAGAUGAAGAUACCAUCGUAAUUGACACAGAUGUGACGCCAUUUUCUAAUGGCCAGCUUCCUCAGCAUAAGCUGGUGUUGAGUCGGCUCGAGGGUGACAGGGACGGAGCAGCAAGCGGCAGGGAGGCCGCAUCACCUGCUGCGGCAUGAAUAAAUGAAUGAAGGUCUCUAUUUAUAGGCUAGAGGAGCACUGUGGUUCUGUGUAUUCGUACCUAAAUGGGAACUACAUGAGCUCAGGAUAAAAAGUCUAGCAAGUAGCAUGCCUUACACGAGUGGAAUGUUAUGCUUCGUAAAAAAAUUGCCAUCGGAACCAUAUUAGCAGAUAAAUUUUGGGGUCUCUAACCAUGUGCUCACUUAACUUCAAUUCUUGACUAAUGUGCCACUAUGUAAUCAACGCCAAUUAGACAACACAUGCAUUUUUGCAAUAGGCUGUUAUUUUUAGUCUGAUGGCUAGAAUUCUCAAAACUACUAUCAAGUAUUACUGCAAACUGCAGAAGACAUGUGGAAUAGCAUCUGCAUCAAGUUGGUCACAUCAACCCCGCGCCAAAGCAAUUGGGGAUACAUUGAAUGAAUGAGAAGGAUGAGAG